UUAUAGCUGGUUCUGAAUAUCCUCAAAAUUAUUUAAUACACACAUAUUUUCUGAUUAUCUAGGAUUGAUUUGCAGUUAGGUUAUAAUAACUUAUUCCGUGCUUCGAAAUGGCUGAAAAAUAUAGAGAUGAUGAAUUAAAAAUCCGGGCAGCAAAGAGAGAAGAUAUGUCAGCUGUUGCUGAGAUGAUCCAAGAACUUGCCGAUUUUGAGAAAAUGCCUGAGGGACCUAAAAUGUCAGUUGCCGAUUUGGAACGUGAUGGUUUUGAGAGGCAGCCCCCUGCAUUCCAUUGCAAGAUAGCAGAGGUGCAGCGUCCCGGAAGUGAGAUGGUGGCGGGCUACGCACUGUAUUUCCCUACAUAUUCCACAUGGGAGGGACGUUCCAUGAUGCUUGAAGAUUUAUAUGUUCGCUCAAGUCAGAGACGUUUAGGGGUUGGCCAAAAAUUGUUUGAAGCUGUAGCUAAGGAAGCCUCAUCUACAGGAUGUUGCCGCCUUGAUUUCCAUGUCCUAGAGUGGAACCCGGCACGUUCCUUCUAUGAGCACAAAGGUGCAGUCAACUUGACUAACUCAGAGCAGUGGUGUUACUACAGACUCACUGGAGAGGCUCUGAAGAAAUUUUCUUAGGAACUGAUAGAGUACCAAGAUAGAAAGAAAAAACCAGUGUUGUGCACUCAUUAUAUGUAUUUUGUAAUAUAUUAUACAACAGACUUGUUUUUGUACAUAUAUAUUUCUAUUUUAUAAU